UGUCAUGGUUUUGGUCUACUAAUAAACUCAGUCAGACUUGUAGAUGUGAGAGCUGCUCCAUCCAAAGUGGGAUGUAUGCCGUCCCUCCUCAUCAGACCAGGUCUGCCCCAGAAAGUCCGCCGGGGAUCUACGAAGCCGGCGCCGUUUGCUUGGCACCACCUCGACGCAGUCCGACAUUGUCUUUGCAAAUGUCAGACAGGUCGUUACAUUCUUAUCUUGAAGUUGCGCGGGAAUGAGAGACAGUUAGCUGCCGAUGAGUGUCCUCUGGAGCAUCUGGCUCAGCUGGGACAGCUGGCUCCAGAGGUCCAGUUCAUUCUGCGGAGGACCGGUCCCAGCCUCAGUAAAGGCCAAGACACACCGACCAGAGACAGACAUCUUCCCUCACCCCGGUCAUCAGAACCAGAGCCCAGGAGGACUAAACCAAACAGGGCCUGGUCUCCGUCGCCCAGAGCCUCCCCAGAACAACGAGCUUCCCCCGUCUCUUUGCUAGAUGCUCCCAAGUCUGUGAAGGAUGUUCCCUCUUACCCUUCUAAAAAGGAGGUGUUGAGACAGAUUCUGCAGCAGCAGAGGAGGUUACAAGACCUGGAGAUUCAGCUUCAAGCUCUGGAAAGGGAGACAGAGGCGUGGGAGCAGGAGAGGUCAUCUGCCAUGGUUCCAAGUCUGACUCUGGGCCUUGCAGAGGAACUGGAGGAACUGGAGCAGCGGCUGAGGCAGAACGAGGCAGAGCUGAUGCACAGAGCAAACUGGGAGGAACAGUUACAGGCAGAGAUGGACAGAGAACAAGAUAUGCACAGACAUCUACACCAGAUACACUCAUCAAUGGAUGAUCAAGGUUAUCAGAUCAAGGAGCUCCAAACCCGUUCUGCACAUCUAGAACGGGUAAUACAACUCACAGCCCACAGACAAAGCUCUUGGGCAGUACCUUGGCAGCAAGAGGAGGCCCUGAGGCCCCUGAGGCAGGAGCUCCACAACCGCCUGCAGCAGGGAGAAGAAAUGGUUGCGACACUGUCAGAGACCCAGAGGGAGCUCCAUGCAGCAGAGGAGAGGCUACAGGACAGAUGGGAGCUGGUUGAGGAGCUGAAUAAGGAGCUGAGACAGUGUAACCUGCAGCACUUCAUCCAGCAGACCGGUGGUCCAGACGCCAACCCGACAAACUCCCUGCCCGUCACUGAAGUUUACCUCAGCAACGCUGGUAUUAUGGAGUAGGAACGGCCAAAACACUCUUCACUGUGCAUCAGCAGAGGACACCAAAGCUUCACCCAUCAGGAGAUGCACAUACACACAAGAAUGAACACGACUCGGCUCCUAGGAGUCCAAAUAUAAACACAACACUUGCCACUUCCUGCGGAGUCCAAAUGCCAGACAUACGAGCAGCUGUACCUCCGUCAGACAGCAGACAGCUCUAUCUACACAUUCGACCACUGGAAAUACUUCAGACUCUUUCAUACUCAGCCUUGAGGCAGACAGCAGCCUCCCAAACAGUAACUCCAGCUCAGAGAUCCCACCACUCACCUCACUAGGGCUGCAUUAUGUCACGAUUUUCAAAAGUCAAGGAUGAUGGUUUCAAAUGUCUAGUUUUGUACAACCACCACUCCAAAACGAUAUAAAGAUAAAGAUACUUAAUUUACCAUCAUAUUAGACCAAAAAACCCAAGUCCUUGUAGAGCUACAAGUCAGUUAAUCAGCUAAUCAUCUCAGCUCCACAUCUUAGAAAGCAUGUGGACAGUUGAGCCAAAGUUUGGAGAAGAACAGAGAUGAAGAGUUUUGGAGCAAUGUUCACAGAGAAAAAUCCAAACUGCGUACGACACUCUGGAAAUAAAAUAGCUGGAAAAGAACCAUGGCCUCGAUAUGAACCGUGGCCGUCAACAAACUUGCAUCUCGGAACCAGUUUUGCAACGAGACUUGACUAAUUCAGAGUAAUUCUUCGAUUAGAUUGAAAUAGCCUCUCUCCAGCCUCAUCAACAAAAGAAUGAAGCGGUCAACCGACAGCAGCACUGUAGAGGUGUCCUCACCGGGGGGGGGUCCCCUACAUUGUUUGUAAGGAAAACAAACUUCGACGCAGGAAAAGAUUUGUUGGCUGUUUUAAAUGUGUUGUAUAAACCUGGACGCGGAGUUUACCGACAACAUGAACUGCACUGUGGACACAUGAGACCACCUCCGCUAUGGUGUCACAUUGAGUUGUUAGCACUCCUGCCAGACCCAGGUACAGUCGUGUCGCGGUGUGGAUGUAAAGUAU